GCCGCCUCGCCGCCCGCCGCCUCGCUCCGCUCGUCGCGCUUCCCCCUCCGGGGCCCGGCCUGCCCGGCCGUCGCGGAGCCGCCCCGUCCCACCGCCGCCCGUGGCCGAGCGCGCGUGGCCGCCGCCUCCAGGCAGCCCGGAGCAACCCCGGCGAGCGCAGCGCCCUCUCGGCGGCGGCGGCGGCGCGAUGCUGUGCUUCCUCCGGGGAAUGGCCUUCGUCCCCUUCCUCCUGGUGACCUGGUCGUCCGCCGCCUUCAUCAUCUCCUACGUGGUGGCCGUGCUCUCCGGGCACGUCAACCCCUUCCUCCCCUACAUCAGUGAUACAGGAACAACACCUCCAGAGAGUGGUAUUUUUGGAUUUAUGAUAAACUUCUCUGCAUUUCUUGGUGCAGCCACGAUGUACACAAGAUACAAAAUAGUAGAAAAGCAAAAUCAAACCUGCUAUUUCAGCUCUCCUGUUUUUAACUUGGUGUCGUUAGUUCUUGGAUUGGUGGGAUGUAUUGGAAUGGGCAUCGUUGCCAAUUUUCAGGAGUUAGCUGUGCCAGUGGUCCACGACGGGGGCGCCCUCCUGGCUUUCGUCUGUGGCGUCGUAUACACGCUCCUCCAAUCCAUCAUCUCCUACAAAUCGUAUCCCCAGUGGACCAGUCUCUCGACGUGCCACAUACGGAUGGCCAUCUCUGCCGUUUCCUGCGCGGCUGUCGUCCCCAUGGUUCUAGGAGAAAGUUCAGGAAGCUGACUAAAGUGUGGCCAAGUGAAGAAUCUUUGUCACAAGGUCCUAGCAAGCUUGACUGCCUGCUCCCCCACACAUAAAAAGGGCACGAAGAAAGCAAAGGUUUCCCUUUUUUUAGUGAUUGCCUGUGCUUCACUAAUUUCUAUAACCAAGCUGGAGUGGAAUCCAAAAGAAAAGGAUUAUGUAUAUCAUGUAGUGAGUGCAAUCUGUGAAUGGACAGUGGCCUUUGGUUUUAUUUUCUACUUCCUAACAUUCAUCCACGAUUUCCAGGGUGUCACUCUAAAGAUAUCCACAGAAAUCAAUGGUGACAUUUGAAGAAAGAAGAAUUCUAUCUCACUCAGUGAAUGUCGCAGACAAUUUCUAGAAUUGGUCCAGAGGACAGGCAGGGUUUUGAUGCUGCCCUGAUUAGAGUGUAUCUGCGGCACAUCCAGGACUUGAAUUUCAUUAAGAAUUCCCCAUAGUUGUACUAUUUUCAAAGGUAUGUUUUCCUAGAGAGAAUGUAGAGCACUUAUGACAUUGUAGCGAUGUUUUCAUAAUUUUCUAAGUAGACACUUUUUUAUAUUAACAAAUUUAUAUCUAGAAAAGAUAAGGUGUUACAGAAAACGGAGAGCUCUUAUUUUUGUCCAGAUUCUGUUGUUGCUUUUUCUUUGUGUGUGAGUGAUUUAUGGAAAUACACUAAAGGAGGGCUUUAAAUUUAGUACAUUUGUUACAAAGUAAAAUCAGGGGAUAUUCACUUUUUAAUUUCUUUUUUUAGAGAAUGAACUGUAUCAUUUUUUUUUAUCAUGAGAGCAUUUAUAAAAUUGAAUUUAUAAUGAUCAUAUACCCAAAUCACAAAGAUUUAGUUAAUAAAUUAACACUAAGAGACUCUGAUUUUGUGGCUGAACUAAGCAAAAUGGUUCUAUUGAGAGGUCUUUCUACAACGAUGCACAGUAACUCCAAGUGACUAGGGGAGACGAUGGUUUUGAAAUCCUGCCUCCUCGUUUCUCCCUGUUCACAGGGUGCAGCUUUUACCCUUGCUGCUAUACUUGAUCUUAGCCGAAAGGCCGAGAAACAAUCUCCUUGCUGCUAACUGGCAGUCCAUAGUGGGUGUGAUUCCAGGUGGGGUGGAUUCAGCAAAGCAGAUGAGAAAUUCCAAAACCGUCCUUUAUUGUCACUGGCAUAACUUGAUGUAUAGUCUGACUUGGAAGCUGAAACUCACAUGUCAAAUUCAUUUUUUGCCAGUAAACAUACAAAGAGGACAGAGGCCUAAGAGUGAGAUAAGGAUCAAGGAGAGAAGGGGGUGGCCCAAGUUUCUGGGUGCUGUUCAAUGCCUGUGGAUGAAAGUUUACAACACUGCAGGACAUUUGUAGGCCCUUUCGUUAAGCAGGACCUACAGACUCCACCUUUUCACCCAAGUAAUGAAAGACAAAUGAAAAGCAAAUCAUUGCAGAGGAAGAAGUAGCCCUUGCAAUGUUAAGUUGAUGGGAAGGAACUCUCUUUCAAAGACCCCAGGGCGUAAACCCAUGUCUGGCCAAGUGGGACCAGGUGUCAAGGGCACAUGCCAAGGGCAGAACCUUCCAGAGCCUUGGAGGGCACAGGGAUGUGGGGAGUCCGUGGCAGCUCCUCAUUAACUGUUUGAUGGGUGGGCACAGGGGUGAGGUUCAGCAGCAGUUAGCCACCCCUGCAAUGAAAGGCUGUGUCUCUCCUGUGUGUUUAGCGGUGGAAAGCUGCUAACCAUUUCUGGGUUCGCUGUACCUUGUCACGAUGCUGUGAACCCCCAUUGCACCACUGGAACUGAAAGACAGUGACCAAAGUUAUGGCAAGCAUCAUUAUUCUGAGGAGGAGGAGGAACGCCACAUAUUAAUACCUUUUCCAUGGAACCUACGGUAGAGUGAAUCCAUGGUGUGUCUCGCUUGGAACAGACUUUUGUUGUCAGCACUUCUCACGAUGCAUUAUCAUUCUUCAUUUCCAACUUGCCUCUGCACAAUUAGAUUGAGGGUUCCUUGAAGGCAGAGUAUGUGCCUUAAUCUUUAUCUUUGUGACUCCAGCAUUUCACAUGGUGCCUCCUGGUACACUGUAGGUGCUCAAUAAAUACUCAUUGAAUGCAUGCAUGAAUGAAUGAAUGAACAAGUGAAGGAAUGACUAGGAGGUUUGUAGUGCUGCAUAAUGGGAUUUACUCUGGUUUACUAGUUAGUUUAAUGAUAAACAAAUAGUCUGUAUCACCUAGUAAUGUUGACUGUUUUGCUUUGUGUACUGUGAACAUUUCAGUUGUUUGGGCUUCACCAUUCUCUGACAACUCUCUUCAUCCUGGACAGUUACUACAGAAAUUGUUAUGUGGUCUAGACCAAAUGAUACGCCUGUCUUGGCGAACUGAGAAGGCCAAAAAUCCCUCCAGACAAUGACAUUCUGCUGAUUCCAUGCAACCUCUAAAGCUGGUCUUACCCGUAUUUUGGUAUUAUUUCUAAUUUCCAUGAACUCGCAUUUCCUUGGACCUCGUGACUGAAAGAGUAAAAUAAAAAGAAAUAUUUCUUUA